CAGACACCCUGAAAACGUCAUCCCUGAAAAUCGAGAAAUAACUUUCAUCUGAGUAGAAUCCAAAAUUUCCGAAGUGAUUCCAACGUUUCUGCCCAUGUGGUAACGCCCAUGGCCUCUGAUGAGACGUCCCGCUGGCCCAACGAGGCGGAGGGCGAUCCAGAGGCGGGGCUUCAAGAUCCAGGCUCCACCCACCGGAAUGAGGACGAAACCGCCUCGGAUCCGCCCCCAGAUUCGCAGCCGGCUGGAGAAUUCGAGGACGAUCUGACUGUGGUUGGAUUUCCUCCCGUGGAGGAGAGGUCGGGGCCUGAAGGGGAAGAAGACCCCGUUCCAUCCUCAUCCUCUCCUUCCAUACCAACCAACACAUAUGAUGAUCGACAAAAUCACUCUGGAGAUUUGGUUCCGGAGGACAUCAUUGCCCAAAGUACCAAUGAAAAUAACCAGGAGGAAGAAGAGCGUCGAGAAGACGAUCCUGAAGAUGAAGAUGAUGAGGAUGAGGAUGAUCCCGAGCAAUACGAUUCGGUUCCAUCAACGAUCACAUCCAGCCAGAUUCUUCCAUGGGGAGCUCCCAAAGAGCGAUCUCGCUAUCCCAGUAGCUUCAACAUCGACACGGAUAUCAAACCGGGAGAGUUUGUGAUGCGGACUCUUUUCGCUGAAUUCACCAUUGAAGUCGAGAAGAAGAUAUCUGCUAUCAUGGGCGAACCCUUGGAACGACCUUUAUCGAAAUCCUUACAACGUGGCGAAGAUUUCCAAUUCGACCAAUUGUUGCAGGCCUUUGGCAAUGUGGGCGAACAUUGUUUGCCCUCUUUGUUGAAAACCCUUUUUGGUUGGUAUGAUCGGCAAGGUGUGGAAUGGGUCUUAUCAGAUUACUCGAAGGGAAAAGCAGACUCAAAAGGAAAAAGUGAUCUCACCGGAGUUCGGUCGGAAUUGGAAUUCGUCUCCGAAAAAAGAGACCUGGCGAUUGAAUUCAUCUUUUGCUUGGUUCUUAUCGAGGUUCUCAAACAGUUACACGUUCAUCCUGGACAUGAGGAGCUGGUUCGCUACAUCGAAGACAUCGCUUUCCGACACUUUAAAUUCCGAGACUCAGCCUUGUUGGGCCCCAAUGCGGCCAAUAUGCACAUGAUCGCCGAUUUGUACGCCGAAGUUUUGGGCGUUUUGGCUCAAAGCCGGUUUUUAUCCAUCAAACGCCGAUUCUUCGCCGAAUUGCGAGACUUGCGAGCCCGUGAGCCUUCAACCCAUUCCACGCAAUCCAUCAUAUCGCUCCUCAUGGGCAUGAAGUUCUUCCGGGUGAAGAUGGUUCCCUUCGAAGAUUUUGAGCAUUCCUUCCAAUUCAUGCAAGAGUGUGCUCAAUACUUCUUGGAAGUCAAGGACAAGGACAUCAAACACGCCGUGGCCGGGUUAUUUGUCGAAAUUCUCGUCCCCGUCGCAGCUGCCGUGAAAAACGAAGUCAAUGUUCCGUGUCUGAAAAACUUUGUGGAAAAGUUGUAUUCACAGACGUUGGAUAUGUGCACGAGAAACAAACAUCGAUUGGCUAUAUUUCCAUUGGUGACUUGCCUCUUAUGUGUUUCUCAAAAGGCGUUCUUCAUUCAUAAUUGGCAUUACUUUCUGACCAUGUGUCUCCAACAACUCAAGAACAGAGAAAACAAAAUGGCUCGAGUUGCUUUAGAAUCGCUUUACCGAUUGUUGUGGGUGUACAUGAUUCGAAUCAAAUGCGAGAGCAACAACGUGACCCAAUCUCGACUUCAGAGCAUCGUCAACUCACUCUUCCCCAAAGGAUCCAAGGCCGUUGUGCCGAGGGAUGCUCCUCUGAAUAUUUUUGUGAAAAUCAUCCAAUUCAUAGCCCAAGAGAAGCUGGAUUUCGCAAUGCGCGAGAUUGUAUUCGACUUGCUCUCCGUUGGCCGACCAAUUAAGGUUAUCAAUGCCCCCGAGCGAAUGUCAAUUGGGUUGCGUUCGUUUUUGGUCGUGGCUGAUUCACUGCAACAAAAAGAAGGUGAUCCUCCCAUGCCUCGAACUGUGGCCGUUAUGCCCUCAGGCAGCACACUCAGAGUCAAGAAAACCUUUUUGAGCAAAAUGCUCACCGACGAGGCUGCCAAGAACAUCGGAAUCUCAUCCUAUUAUCCCUACGUGAGAAAAGUCUUUGACGACAUCCUGCGAGCCUUGGACCAUCAAUUCGGCAAACCUUUAUUGAUGAUCAACACUCAAAACGCUGCAAAGGAACCCGAUGAUGCCAAACCCAAACUCGAUUUGUUUCGCACGGUGAUUGCGGCCAUUCCGCGGCUAAUCCCCGAUGGGAUGAGCCGAAGCGAGCUCGUUGAUACCCUAGCUCGCCUCACUGUUCAUAACGAUGAAGAGCUGCGGGGUUUGGCUUAUCAAAGUCUGCAAAAUCUGGUAAAUGAUUUCCCAGACUGGCGAGAAGACGUUCUAUUUGGCUUCAUGCAAUUUGUGGUGAAGGACAUCACGGAUCAGCACACGAACCUCUUAGAUAACGCCUUGCGCAUGGUGUUCCAAUUGCUCUCAGCUUGGCGAAAUGCUGCUGACAAAGUGGCGAGUAAGUCGCAACACGAUCCCACUCGCAACCAUGAUCAGCACAAUCGUCCUGACUUGGCAACCACGUUGCACAUGGCUGAAGGCUUCGCUCUCGUCAUGCUCUGUCAUUGCCGGAUUCAGACCCGAAAGAUUUGUCUCCUUAUUCUUAAAGAGGUGAAACAAUUGUUCAAGAUCUUGGAGGCGGUUCGAGGAGAUCAUAUCGUUUUAGAUGUACUUGACAAGGUCACCGGGAAAGUGGUGGAAAGCUGCCUUCAUUUAAUGCCUCCUCCCGAUAAAACGUCCGCUUUCAACAUCUCGUCCCUUGACUUUCAAUGGCUUACGGAACGCACUUCCUCUCAAUGGACGUCAGGAUUCAAUGAAGAGGGCGUGGCAAAGUCAGGCUCGACCCAGCACCUCUUCGCUGCUGAUCCCUGGUCGUCUUGUUUAAUGGGAUUCCUUGAGCCUGAUCGACUCCUAGCUUUGUGUCCGUCGGCCAUCUUCCAGGCUUGGCCCACGGUCCACACUCGAUUGACUCAACUUUUCUCCGUUGUGGAUCCUGCACCGGUGACUGACAAUCGGGCCUCUUUAUUGCGCCCUGGAACUGCGCCCAAGAAGACUGUCAAUGAAAAAGAUAUCUCGCUUCAUCUGUGGAAGAACUACACGGCCUUUGCUUGCCGAGUCGUGCCACCCAUUCCCAAUCCCAUCAUCCGAUGCGUCUCUCCAGAUCUAUUGAGCUCGUCUCCAGAGAGUCUGGGCAUGGACCGCUCUGAUACGAAGUCCCCGUCCCCAAUGGUUUCCCCUACGGUCUUUUAUAAACUGAUCGUUCCAUUGCUCCGAUGUGAAGUGGUUGAUAUGAGGGAUUCCGUGGUUCAGGCUCUGGGCAGGAUCAAUCAUACCGCCAUUAUGGACCUCAUGUCCGAGAUGGUUGUGUAUAUUCGAGAAGCCAUUGAUCGAAAACAAGAGAAUAUGAGACGAAGGAGACGCCGCGAUGCUCUUCGCUUGCAAUUGGUCCGGGUGUUUGAUUUGAUAGCCAAACAAGGCACUUUCAGCUUGGCUUUGUUGGUCACUGACCCAGACAACGGCGGAUUAGCUCAGACUUUCACGGAUUACAUCGAUGGAGCUCGACUCUAUUUGGAGAGUGAGGCUGAGAAGGAAAUUGUCCCGAGCGUCCGUGAAAUCAAAACCUAUUUCAGCAGCUUUAUCAAGAAUCUUAUCGAAAGUUUUCCAUUGGAAAGGCGACGGAACCUCUUGAAAAAAAGCCUGAGAAAGGACUUGUUUUACUUGUUUGCCGGUUGGAGCGGAAAAUUCGGUUAUCCUUUCGAGAGCUCUCAAAGCAACCAACAUCACCAUCAACAGCAUCCUCACCAUCACAACCAACAUCACCAUCAAAGUGGAAGCAGUGGAGGGAAAUCCUUCACCGGAGACGAGAACAACCCAAAUUCAAGUUCUUCACCCAUUGUUUCGACCACGGAAUUUGAAUUCUCCGCCUUGCAGUCCAUGAUUGCCGUCCUUUGCUGCGGAACUUGCUUUGACGAUAAGGCUCUUAGUGAGGAGAACAAUCACAUUUUCGCUCUGUUGGACAUGCUUCUCAAUUCCAAGGAAAAAAAGGUCUAUUCGUUGGCUCAAGAAACCAUCGUGCUUUUGCUAGAGUACAACCAGGACCGUUCCUACGUUUUGGAAUGGUUGGUGGAUCGUUGCUUCACCGGUGAAGAUCAAGUUGCGGAUGGUUGCUUCCUGGCAUUGGCCACUGUUUUCGCCACGAGAGAAUAUCCGUGUGAUCAUUACACGGGGAUCAUCAACGUCACGUUACUGAACACGGGAUGUCCCAGGACCCAAAUCCACGAGACUGCUCUUCAAUUACUUCAAAUCCUAGAUAAACGUUUCUUUGGAAGCAUCUCUCCCCUGGGAUCCGAGAAUGAGCAAGAUGAUGGCAAUGACACGUUACCUCGUCGGAGCACUCUGGAUGUGCUCCUUUCCACUACAUACUCGAGAUCGCAGUUGUAUUUAUCACGUCAAUUGGCCCAACUUCACCCGGAGAUGACCAUGCCCAUGUUCUCAGAAAUUUGCCACCGACUUCAAACGGCUCGCCCGUCCAUCGUCAAAUGUUUGCUCUACUAUUUGUUGCCCUGGUUAUACAACAUGGAGUUGGUGGAUCCCAACGUUUUGCUGGAACUUAGCCCGCCCGAGGCUCGAGUGCCAACCGGAAGAGAAGGCUGGGGAACCACGGAGGCCACGGAAAUGAUCACCAAUAACCUUUUCUAUAUUACCGUCAAGUUUGGAGAUGAACAUCCCAAAGAAGUCGAGGAAUUGUGGCAAGCCAUGUGCGAUUGUUGGCAAAAGAACCUCCGCGUCAUCAUCCGAUAUUUGUUCAUCAUUUCGGGCUUAGCCCCGAGUGAAUUGGUUGAAUUCGCAAAGCGUGUGGUCUUGUAUUUAGCACGGGCACAACCCCUCAAAGUGUUGGAGGAGAUGAUGAUGGAACUUCAAUCUGUGGAGACGCUAAAUUGCACCAUAGAGAGAACGGAAACGCCUCCCUAUUUCAGAUUGACGUUCUUGCGGAAGACCUCCAGCAACUCCGAGUCCAAUAUGCAAUUGACAAGUUCUCGACAGGAUCUGUCCACAGAGAAGGGGACUAUUCACACCAAGCGGCACUCCCAGGAGGAGCAACAACGACGGGAGAUAUCCACCCGGAACGAGAUGAGUAUUGCUGGGUCCUUGAAGAGUGCCGGAAGCAUGGCUUCCAGCGCAGGAUCUGCCAUGGUCGCCGGAAUACAGAGAGUGGGAGAAAAAGUCCGAGCCUUGUCCGGCUCCACCAACUUCAACAAGCCUUCCAUUCUCGGAGGUGGAGGAAGUGUUCAUCCCCAACAUCUUAAUAUUGGCAUGCCCCCUUGUCCUGAGGGUAUGAGCCAGAGUCUGGUGAUCACGUCGCAAGGCGAGGCUCAAUCUAGUUCGCUGAUGUCCCAUUCAGACCACCAGUAUCUGCCGCAAACCUCCUUAAACUUUGGCCUUUCACUCUCGAAAGAGGGCUCAUGUAAAUCCGAGGACAACAAGUCAGAGAGCAAUAUCUAUUGCCAGCCCCAUCCUCUACCCAUGCCCGAAUAUGGGGGGUGGUUCGCCCCUCUCACCGAGUUUCUCCCUCAUGCUUCUCAACCCAUCUCGAGCUUCCAUCGGAGCAACUUGGCCGUGAUUUUACUCACAGAUCUCGUGGUGGAUGGACUAGAUCUGGAUUGCCACGGAGUGGAUUGGAGUGUCCACGUGCCCCUCAUGCUUCAUAUUAUCUUUUUGGGCUUGGACAACAGUCGGGAACUCGUUUACAAACAUUGUCAGCAGCUUCUUUUGAAUCUGCUGAUUGUUUUAUGCGAACAUCAAGACCAUCUGUCUAUCUCGAGUAUUCUAAUGCAGAACAAAGCUGAGCAUCUUAACUAUGGGCUGGUGCUCGCCAAAUUGCCCAUCAUUGAACAUAACUUCACCGAGAGCUAUCUGCCCAUGGACCCACAAGAUCUGGACGAGACUCAAGAUGAGAGGACCGAUGAAGAUGAUGAGUCGGUCCAAUCCAGUAAAACGUCCGAGGAGCCAACCAGUCGAAGCACGGUUCAAAUCGCGUCUCAGACCAACGAAUCGACCGGGAAAAAUCGUGGGAGUACCACAACAGGAAAUGGAGUCCAUUCUGCGCCGACAGUAGCAGAUCUGACCAAGGCCCUGAUCCAUUUUAUCGCGUCGAGAAAGUGCCAACCGUUCUGGCAGUACGAGGACAUCACCCGCAACGUGUGGAGCAUCCGCAGUGCCGAGCAAAUCGACGUGUUCCUGGCCCAUGUUUUGCAGGUCUUUGAGUUAUCUUUGCCUCAUUCUCGUCUGGCAGAGCGAUGGUCGCAAUUGUCACUCCAUCUGGCCUUGUCCUGCUCGUCUCGACAUUACGCCGGACGAUCGUUGCAAAUAUUCAGAGCCCUUCGAGUGCCCAUCUCUUCUCGGAUGCUUUCGGACAUCCUAUCACGAUUAGUGGAGACGAUCGCCGAGCAAGGCGAAGAUAUGCAAGGUUACGUGACCGAGUUGAUCCUCACGCUGGAGGCCGUGGUGGAUGCCUUGGAUUCGGAUAUUCGACCCAUGGAUCUCUCGAGGGACAUUUUCAAAUCCACGCCCAACCUCAAGGAUGCGUCGCAAGCCUCAUCGGGGGGCCACAGUCAUGGCAGUGGUGGGAUGGGAGGCCAUACAGCCUCAGCCAAUCCCAACCAAGGGCCAAGCUCGUUUCGCGAGCAAAUUGAAAUUCAGCAUUCGACAUCGCCCAUCGGUCAUGGAUAUCACGUAUCGGCCCCGCCAACGGGUCCAUUUUCCCGUUACGAUCGAAAUGUCUCGUUUCCUCGACAUCCAACCUCUGGUGCAAUGCAACCUUUCCCUUCGAGGAAAACCAUUUCGCCCGUUCCGGCGAAUGGCGAUAUUCGAGGACGAAGUGGCACUGAAUCAGAAGUCAGACACAAGGGUGGCUUGGGAAGUAACAUCUUGGGUUCGACCUUGCCACGAUCGCGGUCUGCGCAAUCGCUGAAACUCCAAGAUCAAGCAUCCCAAGAUGACAAGAUGAACAUCUUGGUCCAGCUCUUCUGGAUUUGCUUGGCGGUUUUGGAAUCGGAUUAUGAGCACGAGUUCCUCCUUGGCCUUCGCUUGUUGGAACGAGUCUUGUCCAAGUUACCGUUGGAUCGUCCGGAUGUUCGGGAAAAGGUGGACAAGCUCCAGAUUCAGCUCAAAUGGCCCCGAUUUCCCGGAGUCCAUUCACUGCUCUUGAAGGGAUGUACCAAUUCGGGUACCUAUGAGGCCACGAUUCAAGUGAUCAGUCAAAUGACUUCACUAUUGGAUUUCCCGGUCAUUGAUCCAUCUCAAAGUCUUGGCUUUCCCAUGAACGUGAUUGCACUCUUACCGUACAUGGUUCAAAACUAUGAGGAUGCCAACGACCUUUGCAUACAAAGCGCCGAGAAUAUUGCUCAAGUGAGUCAGGAGAAGAGCAAGAAGUUAGAAAACUUGGCCACGGUCAUGACUUUGUACAGCCGUCGAACCUUCAGCAAGGAGUCGUUCCAAUGGACCAAAUGCGUGGUGAAGUACCUCUACGACUUGUACUCCCAUUUCUCAUUCAACAUGCUCAGUUUCCUUGUGGAGGUGCUCGAGAAAGGCCCUGUGAGUACACAAGGCCCAGUCAUGACCAUCAUUCAUUGUCUCCUCCACUACAUUGACAUGUCGCAAGCCACCCAAAUGAUCAACGCUGAUCUGCUCCGAACCGUGGCUAAGUUCAUCGAGACUCCUCACUGGAGAGAGGCCCUCAAGAUCUUGAAAUUGGCCGUGACCCGGAGUUCCACACUCGUGGCUCCCCCCUCGAAUUCAGGGCCGGUUACGUAUCAUUGGGAUGCCUCGCCUUCUAAUUUCUCGAACUUCUCCGAAGGAGAUCUCUACUUCAAGAAGGAGCUUCCAGGACGAACCAUGGAAUUCACCUUCGACCUCUCUCAGACACCCGUGAUUGGCCGCAAACAGACGCCCAACCGUCAAUCGCAUCUCUAUCAUUCCGGUAGCACGAGUGUGUCGACUUUGACGACUAUGAGUCAACCCUCCGCGUUUGAUGAAAAAGAUAGUUUGACUAGUUUGCGGAAAGAUGACGGAUCCUCGACCAUGUCUCCGAGACGCUCGAUGUCAAUAUCGGCCGCGGAUUCGGCUUCCACUUCAGGAUGGAAACGUCCGUGGUUGAGUCAGUCGUCGGUGCGGGAACGACUAGUGAAUCUACUCAACUCGUGUGGACAACGUGUGGGGCUACCCAAGAGUCCGUCGGGAGACAACUUGAGCAUCAAGGUGAUCUUCAGCCAGACGUCCGAAUUGCUGGAACGUCAAUCUUCAAUGGCCUCGUCCACGGAAGAAGUUUCGGCCAACAACGACCUCUCGCAGGAAAGUCGCCAACACGAUACCACGGAUACGGAACAGAAAUUCGGAAUGUACAUGCGAGAGUUUGAUUUUCUCGAGUACGAACUCGAAAGUCUGGAGGGCGAGAGUGUGGAUAACUUCAAUUGGGGUGUGAGACGGCCGAGUUUGUCUCAUUUGGAGGAUACUGGGAGUCGAGAGAAUGAGGACCAUCUAAAUAGGAAUUCGGGCAACGAGAUCACGCCCAUUAUGUCCAAACGCGAAGCCAAUGCUGGAGUUGGGGCCGAGGAAUCCUCGGAUGACGAUGUUGGAUCGCAAAUGUCGGCUCGAAGCACGGACGACAAUAGUGGAGCUUCUUCUGUCUCGAGCAACUCCUUGGGGGCGUUUCCACCCAACUCGCUUCCUUUGGACAAGAUUGGAAAGCGACGGUUCUCCGGGAAAACCCUUUCCGAAGCCGACGAUUCAACAAGCGAUACAGAUGAUGAAGGUGAAAUGACCGAUCACGAUCUGACGCCUUGUAACGUGUCCCCAAGUCUUUCGCAAUUACUCAAUUGGAGCACCGGGACCAAUGCAGAGGGGGGUAACCGGAUCAUGGAGCAAGAGGAUUGCGAAGACCAUUGGAAGAAUCAUGUCCAAAUUGUAAUGCAAGACCCCAACAACGAAUCUCUGAUCUUCACAUUUUUUGCCUUUGCCAAAUUGUUCCACGAGCUUCGUUUAAAAACAUGUCUCAUGUCUCAAGAUGCCGUGUUCAGUUUGAGUAAGGAACGAACCAGUUUCAGCCAAUCGUCUAUCAAACAAGCUUCAGAUCAAUUUCAAGAGGUCACUGAUGUACUCUCCGAGGUCUCGGAAUUUCCGCACGUUUGGUGCGAUUUUGAGGGAAUCGGAGGUACGAAAUUGGUCGAGAAGAUCAAGUUCAACAUUUUGGAAAUCCAGGAGAAUUUCGACAACUUCAUGGACAAAAAAGAGCUGACAUUAGAGUGUUUGGAUGCGGUGAAAAUGCAUCAAAAGUUGGUUAAUCUGGGCGAGCAACUCGAUUAUAACAUCGACACCGAACAAGUGGACCUCUGCCGAUGCUUAUUUAAACUUCACUUCCAACUAUUGCUCUUACUGGAAUGUUUCGUCAAACUGGUCAGGUUGAUUCUGCAGUCGGCACAAAAGAAUCCGGACCUCAAAUAUAUUUCCAAAGAAGUGCUGGACAAACGAAACGAGCUUCUCAAAGUGACUCACUCGCGCAUCGCCAUCAGCACGCCCAUUGAAGGGUCGCCGGAAUCGAAAACCGUCAAAUCCGAACACUUCUCACCGACCCAUGAACGACCUCAAAGCUCGGCCAGUGAGAGUGAAUCCUUAGUAAUGGGGUCAUCGGCCUCGGCUUUGCCUUCCAUCGUCAUUCAGGAAAGUGUCGAUGAUGACAAGAAAGGUGACGAUGACUGUGGAUCCGAGUUCAGCUCUUUGAACUCGAGUGAGAUCUCCACCGCCGAAACCAUCCUGUUCGAAGCUCAAUCCAAACGCGAGAGCGAGUAUCACGUGUUCGGAUUGCUCUGCGAGGAGAAAUGGGCCUCGGUCCUGGCUUAUUAUCGCCAACAGCACAAAGCCAAAUGGACGAAGAACCAAUCGUCCAGUGAAGAGGAUGAUCUCACCGCAAUUUUGCAUAUAUAUUGUCAAAUUUUGGCCGAGCGCGGCGAGAAUAUAUUUGCCAUGACCGUAACCGAUGGCGAGUUGAACGAGCAUUGCAACCGGUUUAAGGAUUCCAGUCUUCAAUUGCAGAGUAUUGUGAAAAGUAUGGAGUCCCAAUUGGCCAGACAGAAACAAACCAAAUCCAACUCGGAAAGUGUUUUGUAGUGAUGAUGAAUUGCUUUUGAAUCUCACCCUGAAUAAAUGUGAGAUCUGAUUUAAUAA